GUGCGCUAUGAAAGUAAACUGAGGUGUACUCUGGGCUUCACUUUCUCCUAUCACAGCACAGAUCCCCAGGUAAUCUCCAAACGAUCUGUAUGUAAGUCUCUCCAGCAGCGUCGAGCUUUUCCGAUCAAGAUGAUUUUUCAGAUGGUCUAAAAGCCUGACUGCUUUAAGUCAUGGAAUCGCAGGGAGGCACGGAUGAUCCCACUGCGGACGAGAGGGGCGUCCCGCUGGAUAUCGAUGAUGUCCACAUGCUUCUGCAAGUGGAACAGGAGCAGGUUCAGAAGAGGACAUUCACUAACUGGAUCAAUGCUCAGCUUUUGAAGGGGAGCUCUCCCUCUUUGGUGCAGGACUUAUUUUCCGAUCUCCGUGAUGGAACUCGACUACUGGACCUUCUGGAGGUCAUGAGUGGCCAGCGCUUGAAACGAGAAAAAGGCCAUGGAGUUUUUCAGCAGAGGGGAAAUGUAGAAACAGCUUUAAACUUCUUAAAAAAUAAAUCAAUUAAGCUGGUGAAUAUAAACAUCCCUGAUAUCAUUGAAGGGAAACCUUCCAUUAUUUUAGGCCUCAUAUGGACUAUUAUUUUACGCUGUCAUAUAACAGAGUUGGCGGGCACUCUGUCCUUUGGGUCCCGUUCCUCAUCUCUGGAUUCGUUGUCCAGUUUGGAUUCGGCUCCUGGAACCCCUGUUCGAGGCAGCCCUGUACCACGGGGAGCGUCACCCCUCCACACACGCUUUCGCCUGUCUGCUAAAAAGGCUCUGCUUCUGUGGGUGCAAGACCAGUGCAAGAAAGUGGGCUCCUCAGUCAGUGUAAAAGAUUUUAAGUCGAGCUGGAGGAGUGGUGUUGCAUUCCAUGCUAUUCUCUGCUCCUUAAGGCCAGAUCUGGUGGAUAUCUCCCUAACUGAGACGAGGAACAACUUCGAAAACUUGGAGGAGGCAUUCCGGAUAGCUCAGCAGGAGCUAGGAAUACCAAGACUGCUUGAACCUGAGGAUAUUGAUGUCAAUCACCCAGAUGAGAAGUCCAUAAUGACAUACGUAGCCCAGUUCUUGCAGUAUUCAAAUGAUAUGCCCUCAGUUGAUGAUGAUCUUGAGCUGCAAACUCUUGUUUUUCCUACAUGCUUUUCUCCUGUCAACCUCCCCACCUACUACACACCUGCGGUUCUGGCUUCCUCUUUGCAUCAGGCAUCACCCAGUCAGAAGGUGAGAGAGAUGACCUGUUGGCUUCAGAGAGCCUAUCAGGAACUGUUGGAUGUGUGGUCCUUCACAGAGAGAGAGGGUUAUAGCAGUCGGUACCAGGCAUUCCAGACCUUUGUGGGGUCGUUUAAUGAGCAAAAGCGUUCGGUCAUUCCAAUGCUGAGUGCAAUUAAACGUAGCACCAAACUCAGUGAGGAGCAGAUUGCCCUAAGAGAGGCUUGGGACAAUAUGGAGGACAGGUUGCAGAAAUAUAGAACUGAGAUGGAUGCAGCUUUGCCUGCUCCUUUACACAAUUUGGCUCUGUGGCUACAGAGAAUGGAGGCAGUGUUGGUCGAUGAGCAGGGUAACUCUGAUGACCACGCAAGUGCUGCCCGAAAUGCCAGAGACAAGCAAGAGCAGCUCAAGGCACUGAUGGUGGACAUGAGUGGCCACUUGGAUACACUUCAUCUUUUACAAAACAUAGAUGAUGAUGGUUCCUCUCAGAUUCCUGCUGAAAAACUUGAUGAACUAAAAAGACGUUUCACCCAUGCCAGAGUGACAGCAAAGUACCAUGGCAUCAAGUUGGAGUAUUGGGAGCACUGGCACCAUGUCUGUGAACUUUUAAGCCGUCUUAAAAGAAAGCUGAAUGCCUGGAGAGGACCGUAUGGCUCUGAGGAAUGUGUACUCUACAUGCUGCAGGACUGGGAUGACACCAUAGAGAAGCAAGGCCUGGGGUCCAUAUUAAAAGCAGCACUCCACAAGCUGAAAGAGACUGCCAGUACUUACACCAGCAAGGCAACCCUGUCAGAGGACUCUGGGACAGUAAACAGACAGGUGAAGGAGGCUGAGAGUGAAGCAGCAAUCUGCACAGAAGAAGCAGACACUUUAAGGGGCACUAUGGACCGUGUGCUGGUGUCGUGGGAGUCAUACAAACACUGCUUACACUCUCUACAAGUUUUCUUGGGACAGUCACAGUCAGGGAACAAGGUCACUGAUAGGCUGUCAGAAUGGAGCACUCUGCAGGCACAGAUGAAUGAAACAGGAAACUUUUUGAUUGAGGUUACUGACAGCGCCACCAGCUCCUCUCUAGCAAGUGAACUUGGUAAACUCAACAGAAAAUGGGCAGACUUCAUCAAGCAGACCAAGUUUGCGGUGCCGUCGCAGCAGGUUAGCAGCAAAGCUCCAUGUGCUCAGACUGUGCAACGCCUGGUGCAGGAAGCAGGCUGGACACUAAGAGAGGCAUUAGAGGUGUCUACUGAAGCACUGCAUUCAUACAGAAAAAGACUGCGGGCCAUGGUAAAGAAAACUUCAGAUGUAGACCUGGACCUAUUAUUUCCAUCUCCAGGAUUUAGCAAAGAGAUGCUAAAGAAGCUGGAGCACACACUUCCAGAGAUGAGGCAGGCUCUGUCCGAGGCAGAGCAGGCAUGUGAGGAGCUGCAGAGGACAGCAUCUCAGCUGGAGGGUAAGCUUGCUGAAUUGGGUCUUUGGAGCACUGAGGCCAUGGACGUUUGCCAACAAGUUACGAGCCAACCUGCAUCUCACCCUAAAGCCAAAUUGCUGAUUAGCAGAGGGAUGCAGCUGGAGUCACAGAUGAUGAUGGAAGGACAGCAUCUGCAAGCUGUCCUGGAAAAACUGCAAAAGAACUCCUCCCUGCCCUUUUUCAGUGUGCGUGCCCUACAGGGCAGAGUGACACACACAGCCAAAAACGCAAAGGAGAUAAUUGAGAUGCUUACUUCUGGAAGCAUGAAACGUGAGGGAGAGGCUCAAGCUGAUCAACCACCUCCAAAAGUUAUUGUCCAUGCUUACAAUGUACAACAGCCCCAAGCUGGAACCUUUCAGGAAUUUGAAACGCUUUCCUCCAAAUCUAAGAAGCCCUCUCAGAAGAGACUAACACAAUCUCAGCACCAACAAAGCCCUGGCUAUUCCCAGCAGACAGCCAAAACUGGCAUUAAAUCCCUAGUGCUUUCUCAGGCUGAUCCUCAGUAUAAUCCACAUGAUCGGCCUAGUGUCCCAGAGAGAGCUGAAGACAUAGAUGUCAUACAGAGCCAAGCUUUUCUGCCAUUUCCCCAGGAAAGAAGAUGCAAAUGGAGCUCCAACCUGGGAAACAGGAAAUAA